GAGUUUCGCCCGGUUGUCAUUCCCAGAGGAAGAAGAGGGUGUGAUCGAAAUCUACCUGCCGAGUCCUACCUGGUGCUGUUUUUGUGCAAGUCGGCCGUCGAGUUUCAUCUGCCGUGGGAGGUAAAAACACUGGCUUCACUCAGGAGUAAAACGGAGAAGGCGUUAAAGGAUGCUAAGAAGAUCCUGACUCGUGGCCCCAACAUGAGUGUGACGUCAUGGUUCCUGGUCAGCAGCUCUGGCACACGCCACCGGUUGCCAAGGGAGAUGAUCUUUGUUGGCAGGGAUGACUGCGAGCUAAUGCUGCAGUCUCGCAGUGUGGACAAACAGCAUGCUGUGAUCAACUACGAUGCAAACACAGACGAGCACAUGGUGAAGGACCUGGGCAGCUUGAACGGGACGUUUGUGAAUGAUCUGAGAAUCCCAGACCAGACGUACAUCACCCUCAAGCUCUCUGAUGUCAUUCGCUUUGGCUAUGAUGCUCAUGUAUAUAUCCUGGAGAAGAGUCAACACAAGGUCCCAGAGGAAGCUCUUAAACAUGAGAAGUACACCAGCCAGUUGCAGCUUAGUAUAAAAGCCCUGCAGGCCAAAGCGAAGGAAAAACAGCAGCUCCAGAGCUCAGAGAAGAGCAAAGGCUCUGCUCCCAAACUGCAGGACAGAGCUGAGCGGAAAGCCCAGUCUCUCACAGCUGCCACAGAUUCUCCGAUAUCCAAGCCUACUCCUCUCUACGGCCAACCGUCCUGGUGGGGGGAGGAUGAGGACCCUGCCAACAAACACAAGAAUAGAGGUGGAAAAUCGCCAGAACGGGAGUCUCCAGAGCCUGCUAAGGACGUUUCCAGAUAUGAGGUCAACGGUUCUCUGUCUGACAGUCAGGCCAAGUCCAUCUUCUCCUACCGCCGGGAGCCCAGCUACUUUGAGAUCCCAACGAAGGAAUUACAGCAGCGACCUGCCAAGAAACCAGAGUCGCCAGUUCAUGAGGUACCCACAAAGGACACUUCAGAUCCCACUGAUGCUGUCUCCUCAACCCCGACACCUCCUGUGGUUCAAAGCCAUGCCUCCUUCACCAUCGAAUUUGAUGAAUGCACGCCGGGUAAAAUGAAGAUCAAGGACCACGUGACUAAGUUUUCUUACCGCCAGCAGCAGAGGCAAACUUCCACAGAGCUUGUCACCACACCCACUGAGGUGAUGUCAGCAGAGAGCAAAGUUGCCGAUUGGCUCGUCCAGAGCAACGCUAGCAUGAUGAGGAGGAGGUCUCAGGCCGAGGACAUGUACAGCACAAACAGUGACCCAUCACUUCUGAAGAUCAACAAGGCAAACCAUCGUGAAGACGGCACUCACAGUGAUUCAGGGAAUCCUGCACUCAAUGGAAGUGAGUUCCUCCAAUCAGAACCUCGGAUUGGGUCCCAGGGGUCUCCACAACCUCUGAGGGCCUCCCCUCCGCAGCGCUUUGCCUCCCCUGACUCCGAGGAGCCCUUGUCAUAUUCUCCACCAGAGUCUCGGCCCCUAUCCAGUCUUGGCAAGGCUGAGCCUCACCAAGCGUUUGUCAUUGAAUUCUUUGAUGAUAACUCAAGAAAGAAGCGCUCCCAGUCCUUCACCAAUAACACAUCCCCACCUGAGCCCUCAGGCCUCAGGGUCCAGCUGGAGAAGGUGAGGAAGAGCUCAAGCCCAAAUGGGGAGAGACAUGCCCCAUCUCCAGCAUGCACCACACCCCCAACCCAACGAUACACCGUCCCCCUGAAGGGCACUGCUUCCCAAGGCUUCCAAAGAGCCGGCUCUCUGCGCAGGGAGAAGACAGAGGAUCGGAUCAGCACUGGCUUCUCCUCUCGCUCCUCGUCAUCUGCGUCUGUAAGGCCUUUUAGCAGUGUGGGCCGGAGGUCCAAACUCGCCCAGGAAUUCACCGCUGAAUUUCUCAAACAAGCAAAGCAUUCCUCUUCUGCCAGCAGGGAGAAAAAUACAUCUAGUCCCCCGACAGAAGCUAAAACAGAGACAGUGGGAGUAUCCCAAAAUAGUCCCCCUCCAUCUCAUGCUCCCUACCAGCCACAGACUUCCUCUCCUAUCCACCAGCCUGUUCCCCUCAAGCCACCUGUGAUGCCUGUGGCAUCUCAGAGUGUUGAGCCCAAGAGCCCCCAUGUGGGUCCCAGGAACGAAGAGGAGGACAGUCUGAGUGAUGCAGGAACCUACACCAUUGAAGCAGAUGUUCAGGAUAGAGAGCUGGAAGAGGCACGGAGCAAGAUCGACCAGGUGUUUGGUGUUUUUGAGAGCCCAGAGCGAACCAACCAGACUGAUGCAGAAACCUCAUCAGCAUUUAGGCCUGUUGUUGUUGAGAGCAGAGAGCAGCAUAGGCAGAGUAGCUGUGGGGAGGUUCAGUCAGCAGGUGCAGUGUUACAGGGGGCUCCUAAAUGGAUGUCUUGCUGGGCCAGCUUGGCAGACAGCUACACAGACUCUGGGCCUUCGUCUGGCCUCUUUGACAUCCCUCCCCAGAUGGAGCUGUCAGGAGGGGCACGAGGUACAAUCAUCCACAAGGCCACGCUCAGCCGACACCACGACAGCACCGACUCCGACAGUUCAAGAGCUCGGCGCGUCCUGCCCCAGGUACCGCUGGGGGAGAAGACCGAUAUUCUAACUCCCAGCAUUCAUGUUCAUUAUGACCCGCAUUCAACAUUUGAUGUAGGAGACAGUACCUCUGUGGCCCCCAGGUCUCAGGAUAGCCUUCACAGGUUAUCAGUGCAGGACGACGUGGAGCCUGAUAGCCUGAGUGACGCCAGCAAAUCAGAUGAUGGCUCCAUCAUAGAGAAAAGUAGGAGACCACUGUCGGACACAGAUGAGAAGAAAAAUGAGGACAGACUGAGACCCAAAGACUCGGCCAAGCCUACAUCAUUCUACAUAGGGUCAGAGUCCAAACCUGACCGUGGGAGCUCAAACCCAAGUGCUCCUAAUACUGAAAUAAAACAUGCAACCAAAACUUUCUCAACAGCCACUCUGACCAAACAGAGAGGUAAUCAGGACUCUGGAAAAGUCAGGCCCAGUGUGUCGGCUCCUGUCUUGAGGUCACGGAGUCCAGAGCCCAAAGAGGGCACUGCAUCCCCCUUAAUUAGACAAGAGAGCUUCACCAAGGAGCGGCCCAGCAACGCCAGAUUGCCCAACAUCUCCAGCCUGUCUGAUCAGAGAGGCCUUGAAUCAUUCCAGGGAGUCUGCAAUCAGGACACUCAUUCUUUCCUCAAAGAGACGGAGGAUGUUCUGGCGGCUCUGGAGGCCAAACUGCAAGCAGGACAAUCAGAAAAAACACCGUCGCCAAUAAUGGACUCCCUAUCUGCAGAGUCUGAUGUGGAUACCUCCAGCACAGUCAGCCAACACAGCAAUAAGACCAGACCAAACACGGUGACUAAAAAACCCUCUGUGAGUGGCAUCCACAGGGAGAGGUCUUCAGCCAGUAUAGCGAGUCAAAACUCAAGUCGCCAGUCUACUGCAUCAGAAAAGCAGCGCUCUCAGGGAGCAGACAGCAAGACUGAGCCUCUCAGGAGACCGGUUGGACUGAGACGUAGUGUUGGGAAACGUGACUCCACGGACCUGAGUGACGACCCUCAGAGUUUACCUUACUCUGACCAGGAGUCUAACAGCCACCAAACCCGCAAAAAAUACACAGUGCCCCUUCAGAAAGAGGACGGCAAGAACUCCAGAGUGUCUCAGGCUUUGAAUCGAGCCAAUAGCUUGUCAGCACCAAGACCCACCAGAGCGUCCAUGCUCCGCAGGGCUCGCCUGGGAGAAGCUUCGGACAACGAGGGCACCGAGACAGACAGGCUGUCCCAGGAGGCAGCCAACGCCCCAGCUAAGCAACCCCAGGAAACCAAGAAACUCUCCAGGCUGGACAUGCUAGCGAUGCCUCGGAAGCGGACAAGCUCGUUCAACACACCCAGCGACACCGAGGCCUCCUCCGCUCCACAGUGGACUGGCAGGAGCACAGGAUUCUCCAACCGCAGCACUGAGUCUGGUAGCGGCUCCAUUCGAAGGUCCUCUGCUCCGGUGUCAAAGCCUGUGGAAAGGCUGCAGAAAGCACCACUCAGCAAGGCACCAGUCACUCGUGGACGCUCGAGUAGUGCCAAAUACGCCAGCAGCACUGCAAGCUCCAGGAGACGACAGAAAGGCUCUGACUAUACGUCUACCUCAGAUGAGGAGUACGACUCAAACCAGAGCACUCCUAAACACAAACGCUCCCAACCUUCCUCAGCUUCCCACAGCCCACGUCAUCAGCCUCGGCCUCAGCCGGUGGUCGCCCUGCGUCCGAAACCCCGUUGCAGAGACUCUGAGGAGGAGAACCAUGAGGGAGAUGCAUUCCAAAAUUGGUCGAACCACAGUUCUGAGAUUGCACGGUUGAGUCAAGACCUGGCUAAAGACCUCGCUAUCUUGGCCAGAGAGAUCCAUGACGUGGCAGGUGAUGGUGAUCCACAAAACCCUGGAGUGGAGAGCAGUGCACCUGUUUCCACAGUGACCGCUCAUGAGCAGCUCAUUCAUCGUAUUCCAGAGGCUGGAUUAAACUACCAGAGAGUCCCACCAAGUUCUGCAUCUACAAGAGAACCUGAUCAGAGCACAAGUGACCACGAACAGAUCUCCAGACAGAGAGCUCGGAGCAGAGACGAGGUCAUUGUGGACAAUCUGAUGCUGAAUCCAGUGUCUCAGAUCACCAUGGCCAUCAAAGAAAAUACUGAGCAACUUGCUGACAAAAUUAAGGUGCUGUUCCAGGAUAGGAUGGAUAUCUGGGAAGAAAUUGAGGCCAAGGUGAACUCUGACAAUGAUGUUCCUGUGGUCAAAACCUCCAACAAGGAAAUCACAUCUAUCUUGAAAGAACUCAGGAGAGUUCAACGACAGCUUGAGGUCAUUAACACGGUCAUGGAGCCCAGUGGGCAGCCUGAAGCAUCAAAGGCCUCAGCCCUUGCGGUCUCCUCCUCAUCUGGAGCUCGGCCCUCCAGACCUCCCGCCUCACGAGACUGGAGAACAGUCCACUCUGUCUCAAAACGUGGCGGCGGCCCGAGGCCCAGUGAGAGCGUUAGGAGAGCAGCGGUGACACCAGACGAUCUCAGAGCGGGAUAUUUAGUCUGAGCCAAACCCAGGUGUCUGACUGUCACACUCACAAUGAAACCGGGGGGGGGGGAUUUCCACAGAAUUGUAGCCUCCCAUACAUCCAGACAUACACACUACUGCACUAUGAGCACUACACACUUACACACAGCUGCACUUAACGCCCUUAGAGUAAGCUCAGUGGGAGGCCUAAAUAUGAACUGAAGAUUUGAGGAAGUACCAAAAACUUCAGUAAACCUCACCUCUGAUAGGCUUGUACUAUACUUGAUCCUCUUUUUUUAGAGGUUGAUCUCUUUUAUUUGCCAAUGAUAUUACCAGCAUUACUGAUUUUAAAGCUCAUUGUAUUUACUUGGUUUAUUUGAAAACCGGCCUGAGCAAAAUCAUCUCAGGGAAAACUACUAUAACACUUCAAUGUUUAGUGACAAAUCACAUUUUAGAGGAAAUACUUCACUGAUAUUUGUUUGGAGUAGGAAACAACUGCAGAAACACCAGCAGAUCUUAGUGUACUUUUGUACUCAGUAAACCCAUUUUGUCUUUGCCACUUUUCUUUUGGUGGACCAGAUUAAUUGAAGAAUGUAAGAAGUAUUUAUUAGGGUUUUUUUGUGAGACACUGUAACCAAGACAACAUGACUUUUGGAAAGUUUCUAGACUCUAGUGCCAGACCAAUUAAAGUUAUAUACAUAGUUGCUACCAGCCAAUUUCUUCAGCAUUUAUUCUGUUAACAUUUCCCAGUGUAGCGACUCUGUCCUGGCUCUCCUCAGCACAUGGACAUAAUAUUUUGUCCAGCUGGAGAUGAAAAUCCUUCAGGAAUGUGUGGUCCGAUUGGUAGGAGGGACUCCAGAGGUUAGUCACCUUGGCAACCACAAACUGAAGUGGCUGUAAAACAAGACAUUCCUGGCUUCUCUACCGUCUAAGAAGUGUGUUUUUAUUUAUGCAUCAAACACAGAUGGAGGCUUGAAACUAGUUUUUGUUGUUUUUGAUGACUGAAGAGCACAGUCAGCUCAGAGGUUUGGCCAAAGACAAUCAGAAAACGGCUGACAGAUAUUGAAUCUCUUUUAUCUGUGUUUGUACUAAACUUAUCACACCACACACUUUAAAACAUCGUGGUAAGAUUUGAAAUUUCCUCUUCAGUCACAAGUUAACUCCUGAUGUGUCCUCACAUGACAGGAGAAGUAAAGUCAAUUUAACAUUUAGGUUGACAGUCAAUGUUUAAAACUGUUAAUCUGAUGAUUAGUUCCUGUUGUUCAGUGUGUAAAUAUCUAAAGAAGUGUACGUCAUACAUAUUACCUCUCAAUCUUGUCUUUUGCACUAAUGUAGUACAACGCGACUCCCCUCGACCUGAUAUGCUGCAAACUGAAGUUGUUACUCUCCUUGCACAAGUUUGUAAACAUUUAAUGCUGUUGAGGUUGAAGCAGAAGACAAAGCGACCCAACACACCAGCAACUCUCUGUUUCCCUUUUCCCAGUCUAGAUUGUACACGUGAUUGCAUUGGGAAGUACCAACAAGUGCCACAGAGCUUUGUGGGAGGUUUACAAACUCAAGCAAAACAUUGAAUGUUUCUCAAAAGUGUUGCUGCUAUUCUUCUUCUAUUUGGGAUAGUAUUCCCCCCUUUGCUUUACUCCACCUAAGUCAAAGCUACAGCAGGUUUGCUGAAAUGUAAUUCUUGUUUGUCAGAUUUGUGUCCCUUUUUUUUGAUAUUCAAUUUAUGUUUCUCCUUCUGUCACCCAGAAUGAUUUGGUUGUAAUCGUGCUGUAUUGUUAGCUGGUAUUUAUGUUUGGUUAUUUGUGUAAUUUGUGAGAUGAUGAAUGCAGAUUUUUCAAAUAAAUAUGAUUAGCGAA